UGGGCGCCGCCCGCCAUGGACCACAAGCCCCUGCUGCAGGAGCGGCCGCCCGCCUACAACCUGGAGGCCGGCCAGGGCGACUUCGCGUGCGGCCCGCACGGCUACGGCGCCAUCCCCGCCGCGCCCCCGCCGCCGCCCUACCCCUACCUCGUCACAGGGAUACCCACCCACCACCCCAGGGUCUACAGCAUCCACAGUCGAAAUGUCACCAGGUACCCUGCCAAUUCCAUCGUUGUCGUGGGAGGCUGCCCAGUCUGCAGAGUCGGGGUUCUGGAGGACUCCUUCACCUUCCUGGGCAUCUUCUUGGCCAUCGUCUUGUUCCCGUUUGGGUUCAUCUGCUGUUUUGCCUUGAGGAAGCGAAGAUGCCCCAACUGUGGAGCCAACUUCACUUAAAGGGAACAACACACCUGGCUUUCCUACAUCCAGCUGUCUUUUUCUAAUGUAAAUGUUGUGUACAGUAGCUUUAUUUGAUUAAGCUUUCAGGACUGUUUUGUAAAGCGAGGUGGGAUAGACGGCGUGAGCUGCGGUUUCAUGGUUUCAUGGGCGCAGGGGUCACAGCGUGGGGACGCGGCAGCACUGCUCCGGGUGAAUGACAGCUCAAUAAAGCACUGCUUUUAUUUUUUUGCAGUCUUCAAUUUGAGAAAGGUGAGAAAUACUGUUUUAAAUAAAUGAGAUUCAUACCAUUGUU